CAAACACAGAAGCUUAUUAUCGUUGUUGUAGGGAAAAUCUCGAGUUUAAAAGUGAAAAUGUUUAGAGUAGUGUGUCUCCUAGCGGUCAUGGCUUUAUGGAGCCCUGCUGAAGCCUUGGAUAAUGGUCUGGCGCUGUUACCUCCAAUGGGCUGGCUGCACUGGGAGAGAUUCAUGUGUAAUACCGACUGUGACACGGACCCAGAUAACUGCAUCAGUGAGCGUCUGUACAUGCAGAUGGCGGAUGUGAUGGCGAAGGAGGGCUGGAAAGAAGCCGGUUACCAAUACGUCUGCAUUGAUGACUGCUGGCCCUCCCACCAGCGAGAUGCCCAGGGCCGCCUGCAGGCAGACCCCAAAAGAUUCCCGGGAGGCAUCAAAAAACUGGCCGACUAUGUCCACUCUAAGGGGCUGAAGCUCGGUAUCUAUGCAGAUGUGGGGAAGAAUACCUGUGCUGGAUACCCCGGUAGUCUGGGUUACUAUGAGACAGAUGCUCAGACGUUUGCUGACUGGGAAGUGGAUCUGCUCAAAUUUGAUGGCUGCUAUAUGGACUGGAAACUGCUGGGAGAAGGCUACAUCAACAUGUCAAAAGCACUAAAUAAAACCGGGAGAAGCAUCCUGUACUCCUGCGAGUGGCCUUUGUACGAGUGGCCUUUCCAACAGCCCAACUACACCGCCAUCAGGGAGACGUGUAACUCGUGGCGCAACUACGCUGACGUGUACGACUCCUGGAGCUCCGUCAAGUCCAUCACGGCGUGGACCAACGACCACGAAGAAGUCAUUGUCCCAGCGGCUGGACCCGGAGGCUGGAACGACCCCGAUAUGCUCGUGAUAGGAAACUUCGGCCUGAGCCACGACCAGCAGGAGUCUCAGAUGGCGUUAUGGGCCAUCAUGGCCGCCCCUCUGCUGGUGUCUAAUGAUCUGAGGGACAUUUGUCCUCGCUCCAAGGAGCUGCUGCAGAACAGACACAUCAUCUCCAUCAGCCAGGACCCGCUGGGCCAACAGGGACGCUGCACCGCCAAAAGGAAGGACAGCUUUGAGGUGUGGGAGAGGACUCUGUCCAAGAACCGGCAGGCUGUGGCCGUGUUCAACAAGCAGGAGAUCGGAGGUCCCCGAAGGUUCUCCCUGGCGGAGGCUCCUGGCUGGAGGAUCUGUGACCCUCAGUGUAACGUCACACAGGUCCUCCCUCAGUACAAGGAGCUGGGGGUUCAGACGCUACAAACCAAAACGAGUGUGUCUGUGAACCCGUCAGGCACCACUCUGCUGACCGUCACUCCCAUCAGCAGAGACUUUAAACUAUACUGGAGGAGCAAAACCACUUUGUAAUAUGCACUUUUUCCUGCCAACACCAUUGAUUGAAGUGAAAAAUUGUUUCUUUGAACACUGGCAGAGAUGUUCGUUAAAUUGAGUCCCUCAAUUUAAAAAAAGGGAAAUGUUUUACCUACUUUUUAUGUUGUAGAAAUCACUGGAAAAUGCUUUUGAACUGAAUUGUCCAGACUUGACUGUGAAUACAGCUUGAAUUUGUUUAAAGAGACGAA